UGUCUGUGUGUGCGGCUGGCGCUUUGAUAUUUUUUUUUACCUUCUCUUCCUUGUCUUUCCUACUUUUUCCUUUCCCAGGAAAUACGAAACCUUCCCGUUCGUCAACCUCCUCACCAAAGGCCUCCCCCGCCUCUCCGCACUCCUCUAUUCUAGAUACAUAACCAUCUAGUAUCCGUAUCCUCGACGAAUAGACGCGGAAAGGAAAAGGUCAACCGGACCUCACGGAAAUAAUGGCGGACACAAAGAACGAGAAGAAUGAGAAGUUGUUCGAUUCGGACCAGCCUUCGACACACGAACCGGGUUCCAGCACCGAGGUCGUCGGCCAAGUGAGCGAUAUAUCUGGGUUCGAGGCACAAAAAGCAGCUUUGGGUAAUGCGCACUUCAAACGGUUAGGAUGGAAGCGACUCACCGUUGUGUUGAUUGUGGAGGCUAUCGCUCUCGGUAGUCUGAGUAUGCCGGCUGCGUUCGCCUCUUUGGGAAUGGUAGCUGGUGUUAUCUUGAGUGUCUUCUUGGGUCUCAUCGCUAUUUACACCAGCUACGUCGUCGGUCAGGUGAAGCUGAAGUUCCCGGAAGUACAACACUAUGCGGAUGCCGGUCGAUUAAUUAUGGGUAAAUUUGGAUAUGAGCUCGUCGGUGCUAUGUUUGUGUUGCAAUUGGUCUUCCUCGUUGGAUCGCAUUGUUUAACUGGUACCAUUGCAUUCCUCAACAUCACCAACAACGGUACUUGCUCGCUGGUAUUCGGUGUCGUCUCAGCCAUAAUUCUGCUUCUCCUCGCCAUCCCUCCCUCUUUCGCUGAGGUGGCGAUUCUAGGUUACAUCGACUUCGUAUCCAUCAUGAGCGCCAUUUUCAUCACCAUCAUCGCGACUGGUGUUCAGCGUGGCGAUGUCGGGGUCGCUUCUGACUGGUCUGCUUGGCCUCAGGAGGGCAUUACUUUCAGCAAGGCUUUCGUCGCUGUUUCGAACAUUGUUUUCGCUUACAGUUUCGCUAUCUGCCAAUUCUCCUUCAUGGAUGAGAUGCACACACCCAAGCACUUCGUUAAGUCGAUCUGGGCGCUUGGCUUAAUUGAGAUUUUCAUUUACACCUUGACUGGAGCCUUAAUCUACGCCUUCGUUGGUCAGGGAGUCAAGUCCCCGUCUCUUCUAUCUGCUGGCACGCUCAUCUCGAAGAUCGCGUUCGGUAUUGCUCUACCCGUCAUCUUCAUCUCGGGAUCUAUCAAUGGUACCGUUGUUGGUCGAUACAUCCACGGCCGUGUUUAUAAGAACGAUGUUACCCGCUUCAUUAACACCACCAAGGGAUGGGUCACAUGGGUCGCGCUCAUCACCUUCAUUACUAUUAUCGCGUGGGUUAUUGCCGAGGCUAUUCCCUUCUUCUCCGAUCUCCUGGCUAUCUCUUCGGCGCUCUUCAUCUCUGGAUUCACCUUCUACUUCCCGGCUGUCUUCUGGUUCAAGCUCAUCAAGCAGGGCAGCUGGCAUGCUAAAGAGAACAUCUGGAAGAGUCUGCUCAACGGGCUGGUGUUCAUCAUUGGUAUGAUCGUGUUGGUCGGUGGCACAUAUGCCAGUAUUGUUGAUAUCAUCGACGGAUACAAGACCGGCACAGUUCGUGGCGCAUUCACCUGCGCCCCAUUCGAGUAAAAUAUCUUCAUUUUACAUAACCUCGAAAGUAAAAACAAACAAAAGACUGCCCCUUCAGUAAUCCCUCUCUAUAAAUAGGAGAGGUAUGGAUGUGGCCCGUUGAUGAUAUCAUGAUAACUUCUUUAUUACCUACUUUUAUUCGGCGACGGCGAAUGCAUAUAUCACGCGAGCAUGGGAUUAUCAUAGAAUCAACGGUUUUAUUUCUCUUUUCAAAGAGCGCUGGAUACCUAGGUACACAACAACUCGAUGUAUAGAAACCUAACCUGGUUCAUGGGGAGCCCCUGCAAAAUCAGGAGUUGAGAGAGCGUGCAUUCUGGUGUUUUCGGUGGGACCAUAUACCUUGUACAUUACUGUUUGGGAAGCUGCUUCAUUGCUUAUGUAAAUGUUCAGCGUGGCGAAUGUAUUCGGUAAAUCUAUUUUUACUUGUAUCGUGAUGUCUCGUGAU